AUGCUUGGGAUGAAGGAAAUCAAGCUGAUUGCGGAAACAUGCGCCAUCGGAGGCAGCUACAUACUAAUCAGUGCCAGCCUGAUCACUUUUAACAAAUACCUCAUGAAUGCUGAGCGCUUUCCCCACCCAAAGGCGAUGACUGCAAUGCACAUGCUGAUGACCAUGGUCAUGUCGCUGCUGCUCUACACUGCCUCGCCGAGCCUGUACCCAACAAUGGGAAAAGCCCGCGAGAACUGGAAGGUUCUGUUGAAGUACAUUGUGCCACUGGGAAUGUUGUUUGCCCUGGCCUUGUAUUGUUCCAACCGCGCCUACCUCUACUCCAGCGUUGCCUUCCUUCAGUUCUGCAAGGAGGGCAAUGUGGCCCUGAUCUUUGCCAUGUCCUGCGUGCUGGGCCUUCAGGCCUUCAGCUGGACGAAGGUUGCAGUGCUGAGCAUCGUCGUAGUCGGAUGUUCGCUGUGUGCUCAUGGCGAGAUCAACUUUGUGUGGAUGGGCUUCAUGCUCCAGAUCACCUCCCAGUUUGCGGAGUGCUCAAAGAACCUCAUCGGCGAGGUGGUGAUGACCGGGGCGGGCAUGAAGCUGGAUGUGCUGACUUUUGUGAUGUUCCAGGCUCCAUGCUCGUUGGUCCCCCUGCUGAUCAGUGUCGUGAUCUCGUGGGAGCCCGAAGUGUGGACGAACUUUCUGGCGCACUGGCAGUUGAUCAUGCUGAAUGCCCUCAACGCUUUUGCACUCAACCUGAUCAUCGCCACGGCCCUGAAACGGCUCUCCGCUGUUGCCUUCGUUAUCAUUGGAAUUGUGAAGGACUCUGUGAUUGUAGCAACCUCUUCCUUCGUGUUUGGGGACCACAUCUCCGCACAGCAGCAGAUUGGCUUCGCUGUGGUUAUGACGGGCAUUGCCCUGUGGGGCAACCUGAAGAUCCGAGAGCAGACCGAGAAGGACAAGCUGAGGGAAACGGAGCCUCUGACCAAGGAGCCUUCCCGAGUCUAG